AAAAGAAUAAUUUUUUAGAAAAGAUUCAAUUAUUAGAUAUUUUGACUUUUUCAUUUGAAGAAUUAACCCAAUAUCCUCAAUUAUUAAAAAAAUGUUUAUCUUAUACUUUAUUUAAUCAUUUAGCUA